UUUAUUCGUCUCCGCAGCGUCAUCAGCGCUGACGUGGAAACUACGUGCGCGGAGCCGCAGGACGUCCGCGCGCACCGUCAUCAGUGACGACGUAAAAGUUUGGUGACUCGUUAUGGACACGUCGGUAUCGUUUCAGUUCGACAGCAGUUUGAAUGACUCGCUGUCAGAUGAAGAAAACCAGAGUGAAGCCAGUUUAUCUCCUGCUGCCCCUCAGGUGUCUGUGGCAGAGUCACCCGGCGGGACCGUGGUCCAGCUGUCUGACGGUGAGACAGUGGAGGUCCAGAGGUUGAUCCAGGCGCCUCAGACCUCUGUCAUACAGUCACCUCAGGUUAACACUGUACAGAUCGCCACGGCAGCAGAGCUGGAGGAGAACAAGUCAGCCACAGACGCUCAGAAGAGACGGGAGAUUCUCUCCAGGCGUCCAUCCUACCGACAAAUCCUCAAUGAGCUUUCGUCCGAUUCGCCGGCAGUUCCUAAAAUCGAUGAGGAGGAGACAGAGGAGGAGGAAGAGGAGGUGUCGAGCGCAGCCUCAGCCUCCAUCUACCAGACCAGCUCAGGACAA